CCACCUGCCGGCGUGCUGGUAGUUUUGUUUUCCUUAUAAACUCAAACCAAAAGUGAAACAAGUCGUAUCCAAAGCUGGUAGCUGCUUUUGAUCUGCAGACGUAGGGGAUCCGAACAAGCAGGCAGAGUCUUUUGAGAUGAUGACUAGCAAUCAUUCAGAAGAGAACAUGCUUCUGGAUGUAAGGAUACAACAGAUCCAGCAGGAAAUCCGCAGAUCUCAGGAAACUAUUUCUGAAAUAGAACAAGACACAGAGAAGCUAAAAACUGCAGAAUGCGAGGCUAAACAGAUGGCUUUAAAACUCAGUGAACGAAUUAAAGACUUCCAGAAGGAUCUUGAAUCUUGCGAUCAAGAGCGUAAAGAAAUGAGCUUUAAUCUAAAGAUGAAACUUGAAGACCUUGAAGAAGAACAGAAUGAUCUAAUGUCAGAUAUGGAAGGUCUACAGAAAGAACUGAAAGAUGUUGAGGCAGAAGAGGCCCGUCUACAAGAACAAAUUAAAGUCUCAAAAGCUGUUCCUGAGAGAAAAAUGAUUUUCAAGGGAAAGAUAGAAAAGGGAACAGAUGGCACUGCAAAUAGAUUUGAUGUAAUCCCCCAGAUACGUUACCCUGUUGAAGGAGGAACUGCUGUGAUAACAUUUGAAGACUCAGAUGUUGCACAAAAUAUCUUGGAUAGGAAAGAACAUGAAGUUGAAGUUGGGCACUGCCAAAUCAAAGUUACUGCACAUCCUAUAGAACUGCCCUGCCCAAGCUAUGCAGAAAUUCAGACAUCUGUGUGCAAUAAACGGAUCUUGGUAUCCAACAUCCCAAAAGAUCUGCCUACUGACCAACUGCUUGAUAAAUUAGAGAUAUUCUUUUCCAAAUCCAAAAAUGAUGGAGGUGAAGUUGAUGAUCGGGAAUUUUUACCAGACUCUGGAAAUGUUGUCAUUGCCUUCUCUAAUGAUGGAAUUGCCAAAACUUUGACAAGCAAGGAAAACUUCUCUGUGCCAUUAAUAGAAAAGACUUGUUUAUUAAAAGUGACACCAUAUAUUAUGGGAGAAAUUAAAGACCUGAAGGUAACCAACAUCGUUUCUGAGAAAAGUGUUCUAUUAAGAGGCAUACCAGAUAUUAUGGAAGAAGAAAUCUUGGCAGAUAACCUGGAAAUUUACUUUCAAAAGCCUAGCAAUGGUGGUGGGGAGGUGGAUGCAUUCCUUUAUAUCCCUGCAGGGAGAUGUGCCAUUGCUGUCUUUGAGCAAGAUGUUAAAGAAACAGAAUAAUGGCUUUGUAACUCGAGAGCAUAUAAAGUAAUACAGUUGAAAUGUGUCCAUAUUAUUUCUAAGAAAUUAAACUCAUGCUUUAUUUCUUUAUUUCAGUGACAUUAUAAAUAAGAAAAAAAAUAAGAUGGAUCCAAAUAUUUAUAAAAGAAUGAAUCACCGUUAUUUUUGUGAAGAACCUUUGCAAAAAAUAUAAUUAACAGGCUUCUGCUUACUACUGUCAGUAAUUUCUCAGCUUGUUUUUUUAAGCAGUCGAAUGUCUUCUUGCACAGAGUUAGCAUCUUCAGCUUCAGUUAAAUCAUGCCUUUUUUAAAAUCACUAUUGCCUCAUGUUAACUUCAGUUCUUCCCACUGCUUUAUUAUAGUCGCUAAACUGCAUAUUCCAUUUAUGAGUCAUCCUGGUCAUUUUGGUUUGCUUCCUAGAAAACACUAGUAUUUUGUAAGUUCACUAUUUGUCAUGCUAUGAGUUAUUUUUUUCACUGGACAAAUAUUUAUGUGGCAUGGAAGUUAGCAUUUCCAUCUCAGAUGCAGAUUUUGCUUGAUAUGUCUUCUUUGUGGAGUUUGCAUGUUCACCUAGGUUCAUGUAGGUUUCCUUCAGCCUCCUCAUUAGUUUUCUACACUCAACAGAAAUGUUGGAUACAGUAAACUCUCAGUUAACUGGCACCCAUGGGGGUUGGUAGAUGCCGCAUAACUGCAGUUUAUGGUUGCUUGAGAGUUACUGCUAAAAAUAGGUCUGACUAAUGCUGUACCCUACAAUGUUUGUUUGGUUUGACUUGUUCUCAGCUUGGGGAGAGAGGGAAUUUAUUCAUAUCUUCAUUUAUAAAACUCUGAAAUUCUAAAAACAUAAGGUAUGUUUCUGCGGGGGGGGGGGGGGCAGAAAGUGCAACACAUGAAAAUUGUACUAUAUUUCUUCGAUUGAUUUUUUUUUCUUUGCCAGUUGCUUGAGUUCCAGUUAACUGAGAAUUUACUGUAGUUGAUUGAUGGUGCUAAGUUGUUUGGUGUGUAUGUUUGUGAAUGUCUGCCCCUGACCUGCCAUCUUGGGCUGAUUCCUGACUUGCACCUCUGGACCUCUGGUUUGUCUGAAUAGACUGUAGCCCCUACACAAUUUACUCAUUCUCAGAUUUAGUAUUAAACUGAAUUGUACACAGAAAAAAACUGCAUCUAGAUUUCAGUAGGGCAUCCAGUUGGUUAUUCUAUUUUAUCACAGUAAACAUCUAUUAAGACAAAAUCAACUGCAUCAGUCUAAAAAAAAUGUACAGAGUUUGCUACAUUAAGGUCUGUGGUUCAGAAAUGUAAAUUUAGCACCAUCAAAGCUUUGUUGUGCCCUUUUCUCCAUAAUAGAAGUGCCUAUUACCAAAUUGUUGUCAUAGGUUCAUAGGUACUUAUGUACUGUUAAUCUCUGAGGAUCUUAUCAAACCUAAGCUUGCAUUCCCAUUUCAGUUACUAGCCCUUGUCUUUUGCAUUUGAAUAACCUAAUCAUAGGCUGAACAAUGAUAUGUUAGAGUAUUUACGUGUCCCCUAUCCAUGAGGGACAUGAGUGCUAAACCAGGGCUGAAUCUGCGGUCACCCAUCCAUUCAUCCGAAUUACGUUUGAAUAGAGUAAAAGAAGUACUUUGCGUUAUGAGGAGUAGAAGACGCUUCUGUUGAAAUGGUAUUCUGUGCGAUACAUACCUAUCCUUCCAACGUAUUUUUUUUAAUUUUGCAAAAGAGGUUGAGAUCUCUUGAGCAGGUGUUUAUACCACUGGCCCUGCAAAUGUGUAAUAGAUCUGACAGAAUAUGGUCUCUUGAGGCUCUAUAUGCAAACCAGAAGUCGUCUCUCAGUAGAUUGUAUGAUACUGAGAAGGGGACUAAAGCUUUGAGACAGUCUGUAUACUUUUUAUGAGUCUUUUUCUUAGUGAGAAAUUGUUGUCAUUCCAGCUGUGACAUGUUUUUGCAUAGGUACAUACUAAAUGAGGCAUUAUACUUAAUGACUGGCCUAAUGAAUGCCACAUACAUUUAUUACAUUACAAUUAUUACAUCCAUGGACCUGAACACCAUACCUUUAGUUAUAAAUGUUGCAAUGAAAAAGGAGGACUUCCUUACAACAGUGGAUAUGUGGUGAUCAAAUGACAUUUCAUUGUCGACAUAAGUUCACAGAUCCCUCACUGUGGAAUCAACUUUUUAGGGGUAUGUUAUCAAUGUGAUAGUUACAAGAGGACAGUGACAUAGGUAGGGUGGGGGCAAAGGGGACAACUGCCCCAGGUGCAAAGUGUUGUGGGGCAUGAUCAGCCUCUCAAGAUCACUCUUUAAUGUAUACCAGCUUUUAAAAGAUAGUAUUGCAUUUGCAGUCACACCAGAGUACUGUAGAUCUCCAUCAGUGGUCUAAAUUGUGGAAACUGCUUGCUACAUUAGUAGCAAGCAGUUUGCUGCAGUUUAAAAGAGAGAAGUUUUUUUUUUUUUUUUUUGACUAAAACCUGAGCACUGUAAUGCUCCAUGCAGAUUAAUACUUUUUUUUUUACUAAAAUAAUAAGAGGAAGGAGGGUUGGGGCAAGGCACAGAAAUGAAACCUGAAUGGCUGUAGCAGGAGGUUUUGCUGUUCACUUGAAGAGCUGGGUGUGGAGGCAGAUUGAGCGCUGUCUGCAGGAAGCCAGCCACUAAUUUGUGCUACCAGCACAGGGAGUUGGUUAAGCCAGCUAUGAUUCUAAAAGAGGAGUCAUACUUGCCGAAGGAUAUAAUUCUACAUUUCUUGGCAUUUAGUUUCAGUCCAUGAUUUUGACACCAGGUAUUUGUUUGGGUCUGGCUUUCUUUUAUAUAUUGGUGUUCUUUGGAGUAUUUAUGAUGUCACCAAGUUUGUAGUUAUCUGCAAACUUGGUCAGCCACAAACCAUUAACAUUACCUUUGACCUCUUAUAACUAAAUGCCAUAAAGGAGUAGCCGAAGGACUGAACCCUGCAGUACUCUGCUAGUGACAGGCCUUUUGGAAGAGGUAGGACCUCCCACCCUUACUUCCAGCAUUCUGUUUGUGAGCCAGCUUGCUUUCCAAGAAGUUACAUAGAGAUUAGCAUUUAGCUAGGAGAGUUUAUCUCUAAUACCUACAUGUGAGAUAAACUCCAUUGCAAGGUGCAGGUAUAUAGUGGGCACCGAUUUGCCCUUGUCCAUUGCUUCAGUAACUAAAAGUCAGCUAGGUUUUAAGUUGGCAGGACCUGCCCUUGAUGAAUCUAUACCAGGUUGGGUCGAGAGUCUAUAGGUCACCUAUAUUUUUAUUUAUUAAAUCAAAUGAUCCUUUGCAUAGCCUUGCAGAUGAUACUGAUCUUGCUUAUGAGUCUAUAAUUAUCCAAGUCAAUUGAAGCACCACCUUUGUGCAAGGGAAUGACAGUUGCUCUCCUCCAUUCAUCCUGCACAGAGACUCUUUUGACGUUGAUAUUGAAUAGCGUCUGAUGGGGGUCUCAUAAGUCAUAUUUUAGGCUAACCAGCAGGCAGCCUGGCUCAAUAGAUGUAGUCUUUUUGGCCUUAGACUGCACCUUAAGAAUUUUUUCUAGGGAGAUUUUAGGAAGGUGUAGAUGUAGGUAUGUGAUCCGAAAAUAUUUGAAAGGAGAUUGGGGUGAGGUUUGACCUAAAUUUGUACAGUGCUUCCCUUCUGCAAUAGUCUGUACUGAUACAUAACCUUUCAGUUCAGGUGUUAGCAUACAUCAUUCCCAGAUACCCCUUCAAGAGUAGGAAAAUCAGUGGUUCUGCCUUUACAGUAUGUGCACAUUUAUAUAGCUUUAUUGUGUUUAAUUAUGCUUCUUGAUCCUGCCUUUUGAUUAUUCACUGUUGAUGUAUGGUUCAAGGCUUGUUGUGUGUAACUGUCAUUGACAUGUACAUGUUUGUAUGGCUGUGGCUGUAAUUAGGACUUUAUCCAGUUCGAGUUUUUCCCAAAUUUGUGCACGUCAGUCAUUAUUUCUAAUGCCCCUGUACUUUGAAUUAAAAAUCAUAUACGAAGCCUGAGAGAUGAUAUCUUCAGAUUACUAAAACUUUGGGGAGUUUCAUUCUUUUCUGGGCAUGCCAUGUCUUCCUUACAGCCAAAUAUCUCUUUUUGCCCCUCUUUUUAUACAUCUCCUAGCAAGCAGAGGCAUAGACGGAGGUUUACUCAAUUAUAAUAAAGAACUGAUGCAGGCCCUAGAUAUGGUAAUUUGCUUCCCAAAAUAACCAUCAGCUAAACAGAUUCUUCUCCAGGUUCUCCUGAAAAAGGUCUUGGGUAGUGAAUGCCUUCUCCACCCCGUGGAACCAGCGGCUUCUGUAUAACUUCUAGCUAUCCCUUUAGUGUUUGUAAAAGCAGGAGAAGACAAGACAAAGCUAUUCCUGUUAGCUCGCCACUAACCAAGACAAUGAUAUUCCUCCUUACCAGUGCAAAUAAGAAGAGAGGACCAUCUGAUCCUCCUGGCCCAUUGCACCCUCCUAGUCCAACAGAGUAAGUCCCUGGGCAUGACAAACCUCAGAAACUCCAAUGUCAAGUACAUGGAUGAUUUCAGUUUAGUUUGCCUAAGACCCCCCCCCCCCCAAGGAGAUGGUGCACAUACUACACAAGGCUAGAAGACCAAAUACCAGUAAAUCACAGAUGGCUAACAGGAAAAGAUUUUCUGACUACUGUACAAGCAGAAAUACAAAACUGGUGUUUUCCUCUAAUUUUCUUAUCUUGCAGUAACUCUCAUAGCUCUUUGCUACACCUCUAUUAGGGUACAUCUAUCUGCUUUCUUGGCUCAUUUAGACACAGACCCUCCCUUGUUUCAUUGAUUGCAACUGUUAAUCUAUUUCUGAAGGUGAUCUUCACCUUAGCUUACACAGGAAAGCAUUCUUCCUCCUCCUUCGGACUUAAAUUUUGUCAUUAUCAACUGAUUCUCACUCUGUUCUUUUCUUAUGGGCCAUCACCUCUGUCCAAAGAAUCUUACACUUGCAAAACUUCAUCUGUAAAGAGCCAUACAUAGUUUUCCAUAAGGAUAAAUUGACUCUUGGAACCCCUUCCUUCAUGCCCCAUGUGAUCUCAGGGCUAUCCUUAAACCAGUCCAUUAAGUUAUCUCUUUUCUACCCUAAGUCCCACAGUAACGUGGAGAGGAUCUUACACACUAUGGAUGUGUAUAGCUCAGGUCUACACUAAUAGAACUAGAUAGCUCAGGCUAUCAGAUCAGAAGAUCACCUGUUUUAUGCUAGGAAGACAUAUUACACCACUAUCUAAAAACACUUUUUAAGUAGUUCACUAACUGCAUCACUCUCUGUUAUUAUUAUCAUGGGAGAGUGGUGGAGGUUCAGAUGCGAGUCCAUUUACUAGGACAGUCUUCUUUAAAAUGUUACUGUACAGAGCAUUUGUGAGGCAGUCACUUGUACCUGCAUAUGUACUUUCUGCAAAUAUUACAAAGUUGGACAUGCAGUCAGGAACAGUGCUGGUUUUGAAUCUGCCAUCUCCCAAGGCAUGCUGUAAUCCUUCUCUUAGGUCAACAGUUUUUUUUUUGUGGUAUUUUCUUUUCCAGCUGCUUUUUACUUUAUUUGUGUAUUUGGAAAAUCAAUGCAAGCAUGAUCCUUAGAAUUAACAAAGCAGAGUCACUGUAAUCAUAGAUGCUUAAAGAGGGUCUUUGCUACAGCCAUACUACUGCUUACUUUGUUGCCUUGUGUUUUCCCAUUCUUUCUUGUAUCAAAGUCUUUAGUUAUGGUGAAGGCAAGAAAACUAACAUUAUUCUUUGUCUAAGCGGGUGAGGUUUCCUAAGCAUUUCAGGCUUACCUGCUGGUGACUUCUUGCUCCAAAAGAACAGAAGAUGGCAUAGGCUUCCUAAAGAUGUGCAUAGCAUGGGAAGAAGACCAGUUCUGCUAUGGAGAUAUUUAAUGGCUCUAUAAGUCAGGCCAGAAAAAACGAUGCCCAUACGCAUGUAAUCACAUAUUUAUAAUAUUACUAAAGUAGUGAUUCUGUUUUUCUAACAUCUCAGCUGUGGUGAAUACCUUCACCCUCUGUACUUCACAUGUUGCAGUAGAAAAAUUGCAGAUGGUCUUCAGUCAUGCUGUAUUUAUGGGGGCACAUGACGCAGUAGAACAGGAUUAUGAGAGUGGUAUUGCUUUCCCUGUGGAGGUCCUUAAUGUACUUGAAAAUGUGGGCAAUGCUAACUGAUGUCAGUGAACUGGUCUGUUUUUUUUAUAAUAGUACUACUGCAAACAUUUCUCCCUCAAAUACAUACUCCAGUGAUGAUAACCUUAUAUGGCUGUACUUUUAAAUAGUAAUGAAAGCAGCAAAAUCUAAAAACUGUUACUUUGUUAGUAAUGUGUACUAUUUUGUCAGAAACAGUAGCACAUAUACUUGUAGGAUGCCUCUGCAAUGGAAAUAAAAUGUACCAUAUUAUUUACAAUAGGGCAUUUUCUGCAUGGGGUAUUUCUUAGUUUUAAUGAUUUGCUCAAUUUAUUACAAGCUGUAGCCAGGGACUGCAUGCCCAUUGAGGAAGACUAUGAUAGCUACAUGGUGGCAAGAUCACAAGACCUUAUCAUGCUGUGAUGUGGCCAUCUCCCUCUCUCUUUUUUGCAGUUUUUCUAGAACAAUUUUCUGAUGCAGUCAGGUUUUAAACUAUGCAUAAUACAAUCACUUAAAAGUUUUCAAGGAUGAUCAACUUUGUUGCUAAAUCCCUUAUAUGCUAUGAACUGUUUUCACGUCUUCAUGACAAAGUCAAAAUUUGUUAAAAAAAAUUGCUGUAAAAUUCCAAGAUUUGUAGGAAAAUGUUAACUUUAUAUUAGAGACAUAAAUCAUGUAUCAUUUUGAAGAUCAUGGGAGACUAACCAAAAAGGUUGGUUCUUGAACCACUGUUGAGACACAGUGAUCACAAAAGAAGAAUUAUGUCUCCUAUGCAGGUCAGUGGGAUUUUCUGCCAUAGACAUUAAUGUUACUGUGAUAAACAAUGAACAGUCAUGUGCACAUGAAUCUGCCUUGUAAUACACAGGGCCAGCCUUUGGUCAACUGAUGCCCUAGGCAAAAGAGCUCCACAACUCCCCCACCAUACCACCUGGUGCCCCCAUCCUGGUCUACCUACACUAUCCAGUUUACUGGGAAAGUGCCCCUACUGGAGUGGCACCCUAGGUGGACACCUAGUCUAGUUGGUCGUUUACUGGGAAAGUGCCCCUACUGGAGUGGCACCCUAGGUGGACACCUAGUCUAGUUGGUCUAUGCCUAAGGCCAGCUAUGAUAACAGACUUUCAAAAUGUGUAGUUUUAUAAUGGAAGUUUGGAAAGUUAACUAAAAUAUUUGAAUUUGACUAGUUCUAAGUACUUCAGUGUAAACAUUAUCAAACUAUACCAUGUCAAAAUUGUCUGUAUGAAGUACCCAUAUACUUUUAACUCAGAAGUGACCAAUAGUUUAUAUAUUGUUGGAAUUUUGAAAGAUGCUGUGAAUAAAGAUACUGUAGAACCUUAGCCAGGGUGUGCAGCACCCCUCAAUGCUAAAUUGAAGAGAAAAAAAAAAAACAGAAAGCUCUUCUUCUUCUUUCAGUCAUUUCAAAACUUAAGGAAAUCCCACCAUUUGCUACAAAUGUAACUAGUGGCUUGAUGCAGCUACAUACCAGAUAUGAAGUGCUGAAUCCCAGAGUGCCAAUACAAUAACAGCAUUCAGUUCUGAAUGCCAGUCUAGUACUACCACCAGACUGGCAUCUGCCGAUCACAACCCCUAAUACCUCGUGCCCAGGGCAGCUGCCUCUUUCACCACACCCUAGUUACACCACUGAGAUGCUGUACUGCAUUAGAAAUAAACAUAUAGUCAGCAUACAAGGCUACAGAAGGUCCCAUAUGGCAGUAAGCUGCAUUCUAGAUCUUUAUUUCAGGCCACCCUAAAGUGAUGAUUUCGGAGACACAUCUUGGACAGUUUCUCACCUAGCAUACACAAAAAAUUCUACUUUCAGAUGUCUUGUGUUUUUGAGCAACAUAAAGUUCUGAAGUUUCAUAACAAAUAAAAUAAAUAAGUGGGACUGUAUCUUGCACUGUUUUCAGUAUGUUUUGCUUGAAUGUUUUGAUUCUGUUUUCCAUUAUAUACAAUGCCUGCUUUCUAGUAGGUAGGUUAGAAACCUCCAGUUCUUGAGUCCCAUCUGUAUUUUUUAAUUGUGUGUAAAAGGUACAAUAGCAGAUAGACUGAAUGCAUGUUACUUUUUUCAUUGUGGUUUCAUUUAUUUCUUUGUAGAACUCAGUAAAAAGAAGUUUCCCAUUAAUUUCAACUGUUUCCAAGCCCUUUUUAAGAGGCCAGUACUUAUACAGUGGUUGACAUUUUGCCGCAUGGUUUGAUAGAUGCUUUAUUCUAUGGUACAUUUAUGAACAUAAUUUUUUGUACCAUCUUAGGAAAUGAUGCAAAAAUUAUUACAGUGCAACUAAUAGCAAGUGUGUGUUAAAUCAGUAAAUGAAAUAUGAAUGACUCACAAGUGAGUGAAACCAUAUGUGACGCAGCAGACUGCUUUGCUCCACUUCCCCUGUCCCAACUUGCCAUUAGUGCAGUCUCAACCCUGGGAGGGGUAGUACCAGGGACACUUAAGGAUAAAUUGUGCCGCUGAGCAGCUGAUGAUAGCUGGGGGCAUGCAAAGAACAGGAACAUGUGACAGAAAUCAGAAUCCUGCAGUUGCAUUAUAUCAGAAGAAAAACUUAUCAAAGUAAAUAUAUCAAAAACAACUUAAAAGGAAAAGUAAGAAGAUAGUAAUGCAGUAUUUUCUACCCUUCCCCACAUCCUUUAAUGUAUUGUUAUUCUUAGUAAAAACCCUCUUUUCCCAAGAUGCUGCAUCCUUGGAGUUGUUAUAAGAAAAGUAGCAGAGGGUGUGGAAGGCAAAGCUCUGUAUAUGACGAGGUGCAGCUUCCUACAGAACAUGGAUUAAAAUGCAACUAUUUUAUAUUUCACCCAAGUAUAGAAAGUUUUAUGAUUUGUGAUUGCCAUUUCUGCAGGAUAGCAGUAACUUUGAGAAAAGUAACUGUAGAAAAGAAGUCAAGUGUAUUCCAGGAGUGAUCUGCAUAUAAUAGAACUCUUCAGUCUCACAAAGAAGGAAAUAAAAACUUGUCGGUAGUGGGUAUGCCUAGCAGUUUGAAAAAAAAAAUCUUAAGUGGGAAAUCAAAUUAGGCUUGCAAAUAUAUCAGAGCUUUGCAGAGGGUGAGCUGUUUUCAUAUUACAGCAACAGAGAGAGAUUAACUACUAAAGUCAGUUUGUCACUGUCAUCCAGCUGAAUUUGCAGCAGUUGAAGUCUACAGUGUCAUUAUUUUAAAUACAAUGUUGUUUAAUUUUCAAGGCUGUCCUGUCAAAUAAUCACAGACAAGUAAGGUAGUGCAAAAAAUGCUAUAUAAACUUUUUCACAAGCAGUACACCAUGUUUGAAAACUACAGCAACAUACUGAAUUGAAAGUACCAUUCUAAAUACUUUGUUUUUACAACUGCUUCAGAAAAGUACCUCUUUGGUUAAUAUUAUUACACUAGUUUUUAGCUGAGACAUAAUAACGUCAUUAAGAGAAAAAGUAAUUGACUUGUAGAAGAUAAGUAUAUGGAUGGUGGACAGGACAUUUCUAAGUCGUCUGCGUGUUAACAGUUGUGUAUAAGCUUUCGUAUGUGUACUAGGGAAUUUAAGUGUGUUCCAUUAGUGAACUGCCUCAUAAGAAGAAAAUAAGAAAAGUCUUGUAAUCUACCAUGCAAUACACUGAACUAACCAAAAUGCAAGAAUUACAGCUUUCCCUCAAGUAGCUUUGAGAGAAUUUGAAAAGCCAUGCAGACAUUAAGUAUAAUUUCCUACUCUGUUAGAUAAUUAUUUAAUUUAGGACAAAUAAUGUGGCAGUAGCUAUAAAAUAUGAACUAAAUGCAUUUUCUGGAUCCUUUGCAAUACUUCGACAACUUAUAGUUGCAAACCCAAUAUGAUUUCCCAUUUAUUUGUUAUGUAAUUGUUUCACUAUGUCAUGUAACUAUCUAUUACGUUUUGCCAGUCACAACUCAAAAAUAAGGCAGAAGGGUAACUAAAAUUCACAAUUGUUUUACAGUAAGUAAACACGUUUGCUGAUUUCUAUGUACCAACCUGAAAUAACCUCUCGCCAGUAUACAUUGAUGAACUAGAUUUGCAAACAUUAAUGGUUACUGUUUGACUGCUGUAUGGAUCUGUGACAAACAACUGAACAUAUUUAAUUGUGGGGAGAUGCACUAUCAAAUUAGUUUUUGGUGGUUUCAAUAGGUACAAGUUUGAACCAAUGAGUAGUUAGUUUUAAUAUCAAAUUAACCAAUGACAACUAGACUGUUGGUUCUUAAUGAUGUUCUGUAGUAUGCAAUUUAUUCUGAUGAGAUUUUGUGAUAUGGAACAAAAGCGCUUAAUCUGUUAUUAAAGUUUUAAAGUCA